AUGGCCGUUUUCACACGCACGCUCCCUUACGUGGCCGAGAAAUACAUCGCUGGCCGCACUUCUCCGGGCGGCUCGCGGCUACCAUCGCUGGCCGCCUUCGCGCGAGCGCGUUUGUCAGCACCCAGCAAUUGGCUACGCCAGGAAACAUUGCGAUUGGUUUUCCCUGGAAAACAGCGACCCCAGUCGACGGCUCCAUUAACUAGCAAGCCUUAUAUAAACCCGGCCGCCGCCGCAAACGACAGUUCUCAUCGGGAAGUGCAGUACGCCGUGUUCCAGCUGCUUGUGGAUGACUCGCCGCACCACUCGAGCUUACCUGGCUGCUCGGCGGAAAUCUUGUUCCAUCAGGGAGCACCUGCUCCUCCCACGGCCCCCGGCAGCUGUAAACUCGCUGCAGCAGCAUCAGCAAGAGGCGGCUCGCAGAAGCCCGGCCUCCCGCAGCCUGCCGCCUCCACCGCCCCCACCGCUGCCGUUUGUGCCUGCCGGCCCCGCACCUUGUUUACGACUGUGAAUAAAGAGGCUGUCCGUUCCCUCCACCGCCGUCUCAGGCUGUCCGCGGCCCUCGCGGGUCAAGUUGCGUCCGAGACGGCCGGCAGGCAGCAGUGUGCUGCGCUUGUGGUGUUUGCGUGUCUCUGCCCACCGCCUGCGACGCUGUCGGAGCGGCCGUUUGCGAGCGGCGCGGUGCGGGCCCAGGACGCGAAACAGGCGGGCAGCGGCGGGCCGCGCGUAUCGACCGCCGCCGCCGCCGCCGCCGCCGCUGCUGCUGCGCUGCGGGUGACGGCCGGCCCGGUGCGUACGCAGGGGCAGCCGCCUCCAGCACACCGGCUUCCUGCCGCACCAGAGGGCCUCGCGCCGCCGUCCCCUCGCUGUAGAAUGUGUCCCACUAUGAAGGCCGCUGCGUUGUUCGAGAGAGACGGAGGAUAG